AUGCCUUUCACUCGAAGUGGUAAGGCUGAUCACAUGCAGGGCAAGCGACCUCCACGCAAAGAGAAGCGCCAACUGGUUCGCUGGGACCAGGACCUUGAUAACCUGCUCCUUCUCACCAUUCAAGCCGCGUGCAACCAGACCGGUGUCAAGAUUCCCUGGAAAGAAGUCGCUGAGAUCAUGGGAACCAAGUUUACCGAAGGUGCAAUCGUCCAGCAUCUCUCGAAGCUUCGAAUUCGUCGUGAGGCUGCAGGCCAGCGUGUUCCGCCGCCACUUCGUCGCUCUGUUCCAGCCGCUGCGAAUACCCCGGCUACUAAGAAGGGCCCAAAGGACAAAUACAACAAAACAAUUGACCCAAAUGAGAGCUAUGAGGUUUAUGAGGACGAGGAGCUCUCGGAUGACUAUGGGAGCCUUGAAGAUGACGAGGAAGUCUCCGACGAGGAAGAUGAGGCGCAUGAACAGAUUGAGUCUAAGAGGCUGAAAACCGGACGCGAGUCUUUCUCGGGGGUCAAGAUGUCCAACAAGAGCCGCCCGAAGCAGAAAAAUACUAAGGCCAAACGUGGUGAUACCCUUUUUGUGUCUCAAGGGGAUUCUGAGAAAGAAUAUGAAAGCUCAGAUGAUGAUGGCGAAGACAGCGCUGUGGAGACUGAGCGCGAGAUUGAGCGCCAAAAGGCCAUUGAGCAGUGCGCGAAUCACUUGCGCCAGCUUAAGGCCGCAAAGAGCACUCCAAGCCCGCGCCCUUCACGUAUCACGAAGCUUCCUCUUGGCGGUAGUCUGAAGUAUCGAGCAGGCUCAGCAAACGCCAAUCCCACCCCAACUCUCCCUACUUCAAGCGCAACCGAGUCCAGCUAUCCUAUUUACAUGAGCAAUGAUCCGGCCAUAGUCAACGUCCCACCUACUGGAUUUAGUCCAGCACCAUCAGGUCAAAUUUCCGGAAGCCUUCCCGAAUCACAGCCAGCUGGUAGGACCUGGCCGGGUAUCACUCCAGCUUUGGGAGGUCGAUUGCUGGCUCCGCACGAGUAUACCUGGUCUCCUCAUGCGCCUGCUUUUGCCUCCGGUCGACCGAGUGCACCAAUAAAUACUGGGACUGCACCAAGCGCACCAUUCGGAUCUCCGCAGGGUGCUGUCACUUUGGGCUCGUGGGAGCCGUAUCCCGAGAAGCCACCUGCGCAUCGGAAUUCUAGCAUGACCGAGGAGGACGAGGAGGACGAGGAGCCGGAAUAA